GUUGUACUGGUUGUGGUGGAAUUUAGUGCAUCUUUCGUUGGUUUGCAAUCUCGCUGUGAGCUGGUGCGUCCACGUGUUGCGCUUGUUUUGGGUCCUUGACAACAUCUUGAAAUGACCAAGAAAAAACACGGAGGCUCCUUGGGCCGCAGCCUGAUCAAGCAGAAACCCACGAGCAGACUCUACGACUCAUCGGCGCUUCACACAACAGAGCUGAACGAUGGCUACGACUGGGGCCGGGCCAAUGUCACCAGCAUCACGGAACAGAAUGACCUGGAUGAAUUCCUGGCGACAGCCGAACUGGCUGGCGUCGACUUCACAGCUGAGAAACAGAAUGUGACGGUGGUCAGCGUGGGCAGUGUGGUUCGGGGUGUGCUGUCUGAACGGGAGAGAGCCAACCUGCACGAUCUGCACGAACAGCAUAAAGACCUGCUACGCAUCCCAAGGAGGCCACCCUGGGACGAAAGCACCAGUGCUGAGGAACUCCAUGCACUGGAAAAGGAGAGCUUUGUGGCCUGGCGACGACAGCUGGCCGAGCUCCAGGAGACAGAUGGCCUGAUGAUGACGCCUUACGAGAAGAACCUCGAGUUUUGGCGCCAACUCUGGAGGGUCAUCGAGCGUAGUGAUGUGGUGGUGCAGAUAGUGGACGCCCGGAACCCGCUGCUGUUUCUGUGUGAAGACCUGGUGCGGUAUGUGGCCGAGACGGAUGCCAGCAAGCGCAACCUGCUGCUGCUUAACAAGGCUGACCUGCUCACCCGACCACAACGUGAGGCAUGGAGCAAGUACCUGGACUCCGUUGGCAUUCGGGCAGUGUUCUUUUCUGCACUGCUCGAGGGCAAGGAUGAAAAGUGUCCAGAUGCUGAGGAAGAGGCAGAGGAAGAUGAAGAGGCUGAGGAGGAGGAAGAGAGGAGGAGGCCAGAGAGUCCAGUAGAAGACGCUGCCGCUGACUCCAGCAGUGGUGGUUGCUCCUCCAAGGGUCCAGGGACGUGCACGGAGGCGAACAGUUCUGAGCUGUAUAGCAAGGAUGAGCUGCUGCAGCUGUUUCGCACCAUCCACCCCGAGUCCAAGCAGUGCAACGGCAAGACCGUCAUUGGCCUGGUGGGCUACCCCAACGUGGGCAAGAGCUCAACCAUCAACGCACUGGUUCGCUGCAAGAAGGUCUCUGUGUCCACUACACCGGGCAAGACCAAGCACUUUCAGACGCUGAACCUGGACGAUGAGCUGUGCCUGUGUGACUGUCCUGGCCUGGUGUUCCCCAACUUUGUGAGCAACAAGGCUGAGAUGAUCGUGCACGGAAUCCUGCCGAUUGACCAGAUGACAGACCACGUGCCCCCCGUCAACCUUGUGGCUAGCCUGAUCCCGAGGCACGUGUUGGAGUCCACCUACAGCAUUUGCCUGCCAGCACCCCACGAGACCGAAGACCCGGACAGGGCACCCAUUUCGGAGGAACUGCUCAAUGCCUAUGGAUACAUGCGAGGAUUCAUGACACAGAGUGGGCUACCAGAUAACCCUCGUGCAUCGCGCUACAUUCUGAAAGACUUUGUCAACGGGAAGCUGCUCUACUGUGUGGCACCACCUGGUGUUGACCAGAAGGAGUACCACACGUUCCCACUACCCCCGAGCAAAACACGUCGGCCUCUGCUCACUUUUGACCAGCCACCACAGAUGCGGCGGGCACAGAACCGCAAGACAACUAGCAGGGACAUUGACAGGAACUUCUUUCAGAAGGUUGCUCCCCAGGCACACGUGAAGGGCCGCAUUGGCCCUGGAAUGGCAGGAGCAAGUGGUGCCGAGAGUCUGUCGGCAGACAGCAAGCCCUGGAAGAAGCACCACAAUGCAGGCAAGAAGGAGAAGCUAAGAAGAGUCUAUGCAGAGCACGAUGCCUGACCAGCUUCAUUGUGUCAAGGGCCUUUGAGCUGGGACUAUUCUCUAUGGUCGUCACUCUUGUGUUCCUAGGACAACUUGUGUUACUCAUGGGUGCUUUGAGAGGCUGUCAUUAAGAGGGCUUGGCAUGUGGAUGUUUCCCCGAAGUGACUGACAUCUGCAACAUGCAAGAGAAGGAUGAAGGCUUUUGACAAAGAUAAGGGAGGAGAGGAUGGAUGGAAGAGCGUGUCUCUAGGCUGGUACUCUUCACCAGUGUAAGUGGAGAGGUGGAUGGCAGGUGACGAUGCAAUAAUACAAUGAAUAUACAAAGCAUCCACUACACGGUAUGUGCGCUGUACAUACAGAGAUAUAGUGUGUCCGCACGAACUGUUCUUGUGUAAACACACCAAUUGCUAUUCGGCUUCAACUGUGGUGGGACUGAAACAGUCAAAUCUGAGCAAUGUGCAACUAUGGACACGUCAUCCCUGACUAUGGUCACCGCAGAUAGAUCAGGUUAUUGUUUUGUCUUUACGUAACAGUUUAACAAAGUGGUUUAAUCAACAUGAAAGAGGCUGGAAAGCUGGCAGAAUUGGUGACCGUUUGUGUGGACAAGCUGCUAAUGGGCACCAACUGCAGACAUGGCCACUUGGCAUAGCGAUAUAACACAGUCAAAUAGAAGGCUAGCUAGGUCAUGAGAAUCCACUCAUUUGUUGAAUUUCACAGUAAGGCAGAUAAAAUAUAAAUGUACACAUCUCAAAAAUGUUUCCCCAGGGUUAUGCAUGGAGCUUGUAUGGCCAUGUACAUACAUUAUACGAAUGAAAAUAUACAUGAUAUUGCUGUAGCACAUGUAAA